CUUAUCUUCACUCACUUUCAAAUCCACGAAUGUCUUCUAAAUUCUUCAAUUUCCGCUGCCUUAUUUUUCUCCUCCUCCUCCUCCACCUCCUCUGCAACAGGCCACCACCAGCUCAUGCUGCCCGCCCUGCUCCCGUCUUUGCAUCACUGCCCACUCAGGGGUUGGAUGAGAACCUAACUGAUAGCGAGAAUAUGGAUGAGAAGUGCAGUGGAGUAAGCGAAGAAGAGUGUUUGAUGAGACGAACUCUAGUUGCUCACUUAGAUUACGUCUAUACGCAAAAGCAUACCCCAUAAUUUCAACACCUUUUCAUUCUAAUUUCUUCCUUUUAUGUAUCUACAAACUUCCAUUCAUGCCACUUAUAUAUCUAUUGAAUUAGCUUCACUGGGUCUCAAUGAAAGAAAAAAACAAAAAAAAACAGAGCAUUUGAAGAUGAUCCAAGACAGGACAAAUUAAUGAAAUUGAUUAUGAUUCUGAACAUGAGCAUCUGACUUUUCUGCAUACUUCACAACAAAUUGAAUCGAUGGGGUAUUACAAAUAAAAAUAAACCACAUGUUGUUAAAGUUGGAUAUGGAAGCUUGAUAGAUAUUUAGCUCCAUCGGUUGAUAUUUGGAAGCAACAUGCCAGAUUUAGCCCUCUUGUAACCAAUUAAUAGCGUUUGACACCAACAACAGAAGGCCCCUCGACGACAUAAAGUAAAUAGUCCCUUGGGGACGCGCUUCAACUUUAUGCUUUACAUAUCCAAAUUCAAAGUGUAUAUGUGGAUCAAAGUGGCCGCUCGGUGGUGCCUCCCACGCGCAGCUAUGAAACAUGGGCGUAGAAGGAAAGGCAACUCGGGGGCCUAUUUUGACCACUAUUUAACUGCUAUCCGUUACGCUUUGUGACUGCCCAAAGCGGUUAAUAGUAUUCCAAUUCAUA